AUGCUUAAAGAAAAAAGAACAGACUUUAGGGAGCAACAGCAACAACUACAACAACAGCAGCAACAACAGCAACAACAACAACAAAUACAACAACAACCAUUGAAUUCACUUGUUGCAGGAACAUUCUUUUCUAAACUAUUCAACAAUGACGAUGGUCAAAGAGACUUUGGACCAUUACCAAAUAUCGAAUAUGCUGAUCCUUCUAAUCUAAAUAACAAUAAUAGUAAUAGUAAUAGUAAUUAUAGUAAUUAUAAUAAUUAUAAUAAUAAUGUUAGUGCUUCUUCAUCAUUAUCUUUUGGUGAUGUUGUUACUACCAAUAAUGAAACUAUUAAUAUUUUGAAUCACAAUAAUAAUAAUAAUAAUAAUAAUAACAACAGCAGCAACAUCAACAUAAACACUAGUACCGGUCAUUCCCGACAUCACACCAAUGAUAAUAGUACUAGUACAUUUGCUAUCGGGAUUGAUAAGCCAACCACAACAAAUAAUACUAGUAUAUUAUCAUCAUCUCUUCCAACCACAUUUAAUCAUCCAACAACAACAUCAACACCAACAAUUGUCAAUAAUACAACAACAUCAACGACUCCAAUACAAACAACGAUAGGAUUUACAUCGUCUACUGGUCCUUCUAUAGUUGAUGCAUUGAGACAAAAGUUUGUCCAACCUCCAAAACCUGAAAAAAAAUUUUGGAUGCCAGAUCAUUCUAGUAAUGUAUGUUAUGAAUGUAAUGUUCCAUUUUCAACAUUCAAAAGAAGACAUCAUUGUCGUUUGUGUGGACAGUUAUUUUGUUGGAAAUGUUCACAAAGAUUUAUGUUUGAUAAUAAGAAUGAAAAGAUUAGAGUUUGUAAUUUUUGUUAUGACAGACAUAUCAAUUCUACACACAACAUUGAUGAACUCAUUAUUGAACCACCAAAAGAUACAAAUGAAUCAUUAUAUUCACAAGAGUUAUUAAACAAGACUAUAAUUGAACAACAAUUAUUGGAACAACAACAACUCGAGCAACUACAAAUUGACCAACAACAGCUGCAACAACAACAACAACAACAACAACAAUCAUCACAACAACAAACUGAUGGACAACCACAAAAGACUGAAUUACAAUUUGAACAAAUAGUUUCACAACAAACAAGUCCAAUGUCUCAAUCUCCACCACCAUCUCUCUUGUCACAAUCAACACCUGCCAAUCUACAGUUUGCUGGAGGAAUUUUUGGCAAUUUAAUGAAUAUUCAAUCACCAUUUAAAUCUUUUACCAAUAGAGGAGAUCCAACAAAUGUUGUUGUAGAUGCAAAUGCAGUCUAUGAAAAGAAUCUAACCAAUCUCGUAAUGGAGAUUUCCAAUCAAGAAAGAAUCUACGAUGAUUUGUCAUCUGACGAUGAAGAUGAUCGUGAAGAUGAAGUCAUCCUACCAAUAUCACAACAUAUCUCUAAUGAUUUUAAUAAUUUAGAUCUAAACCUUGUAAACAAUAAUCAAAAUAAUCAAAAUAAUCAAAAUAAUCAAAAUAAUAAUAGUAAUUUUUCCAAACAUAGUUCAUCUGUAUCACCAAAUUCUUCUGCCAUUUCAAUAUCAACAUUUAUAAAUAAUACAAAGUUAAACAAACAACAACAACAGCAACAACAACAACAACAACAACAGUUAUCAUUCUCAACUUCUUCAUUACCCCCACUAAGUAAUUCAACCAAUACUCUAAGUAAUAGUGGAGGGGACAGUUCACAAAACAAUAACAAUGUUGUAGAGGUAUCAAGUUUAUCAACUUCACCAAGAGAUGGAACCAGUAGUAGUAGUACAAGUAGUAAUAAUAAUGGAGGAGUUUUAAAUAUAUCAAACUCAUUAUCACUUUUACCAUCAUUAAUAUCACCAACCUUUAAUUCUCAAGCUCCUUCUUCGUCGGUUUUAAAAACAUCUGGCAUAUCACUUUCACAACCACCAAAUACUCCACAAAAGAAAGCAGCACCACCACUUUUACUGUCAAAUAGUUCAGCACUUCUCUUUAGUGACCCUUCAAUUGUAUCACUCAAGAGUCAUCCUAAAAAUAGUACAAACACAUCAAAACUCUUUUUGGAAAAGUAUCCACUCAGAAAAGAGCAAAGCUUUACCUUUAGACCAUCGAUUCUCCAAAACGACAAUAGUGAGGAAAAGAAUCAAAUUCGAAAACACCCAUGUUUUGAAUUCUAUUCAAGCCACAUUAAACAAAUCGUUGGGAGAUUGGUAGAAAAGGAGGAUUUGGAUAUGAGAUGGAUGUCAAUUAUUAUCGAUCUUGCACACCGUGCAUCGACCAAUGUUAGAUUGUCUGUUAGAGAAGGUGAUAAAAUGUCUCUAAAUGAAUAUGUCAAAGUUAAAAAGGUUCCAGGUAAUGGUGAUGGUCGUAGUAGUCAUCAACAUAAUACUUUUACUAGCGGCGGCGGCGGUUCAUUGUUGUCACAUUCCAAUAGCAUGACAAACACUAGUUUGACCAAUAUAUUUUCUCCAUUAUCCUCUUCUUCUUCCUCCUCGUCACCAUCACCAAAAUCAAAUCAAACUUUGAAACCAGAUUUCAUCUAUGUAGAUGGUGUUGUCAUUAGUAAAAUAUUGACACACAAAAAGAUGAGAGAUCGUUUCUAUAGUCCAAAGAUUAUGCUUCUUAGUUGUUCGGUUGAAUUCCAAAGAGUUGAAAACAAGUUCCUCUUUUUCGAUCAAUUGUUAUUGCAAGAAAAGGAUUAUCUUUCAAUGAUGGUAAACAAAAUUGCCGAAAAGAAACCAGACAUUGUAUUGGUGGAAAAGACAGUAUCUCGUCUUGCACAAGAUUUCCUUUUAGAGUCUGGCAUAUCGUUGGCACUCAACGUCAAACCAAAGGUAUUAGAAAGAGUGUCGAGAAGUAUCAAAGGUGAUAUCUUUCCAACGUUGGACACUUUUUUAGACACUCCAUCCUCCUCGUCGACAUCUACCAUCACCACUGGUACGACCACCUCGACGAUUACCACUACAACCAUGACUCUUACCUCCACCUCACCCUCUACUGCACCCACCACUACAGUCUCCAAUACCACUACCAUUAAAAAGAAUAUGGGAACUUGUGGACAAUUUAGAGUUCAAUCUUUUAACGAGGUGGGACUCAAAGAGGAAGGAAUUAUUGGUAAAAAGACUUUGAUGUUUUUUGAAAGAUGUUCGCCCGAACUUGGUGCUACUAUUAUUUUACGUGGUGCCUCUCGUAAAAAACUACAAGCAGCAAAAAGAAUCUUACAAUUUGCCAUCUAUUCUACCCAUCACUCUUAUUUGGAAUUAAAAUUUUUAAAUGAUAAAUCAAUUACAAUGCAACCUCAUAACUCUACCACAACAGAUCAACAAAAUACUACAACCAUUGUAAAAUCAAAUCAUUUACUAUCGAUAACACCAUCAAACAAAUUCUCUGUACCAAAGAAAUACCCAUCGAUAGAGUGGAAAUUUAAAUUUACAGCACAACAUGCCAAGAAUAAGAAAUCUCUUUUAAGAAGUCUCUAUUAUCCAUGUUCUGAUAGUACUAGUAGUGGACAACAACAAUCAGUUUUACAAUACUACAAUGAAGAUGAAAUAUUGGGUAUUGGUACUUCGGAUGCAUUUGAUCGAGAUCCAAACGAAACUUUUUCAAUUGAAAAAGAAUCGAUUUAUGAUCAUCAAUCCAUCGUCUAUACCCAUUCAAUGCUGUGUGGAAGUAAUCAAUGCAUUCCAUUUGAAUUGCACACGAUUGAUUUCUAUUCCGAAAAUGAUUUAACAUUGGGUGAAUUUUUGCACAAGUUUUGUUUCAACACCUCUCACGUUUGCACAACCAAAGAGUGUAACCGAUCGCUUCUAGAACACGAACGUACAUUUUUGGCAGACAAUGGACGUAUCAAUAUCUGUAUACAAAAAUGUGGACUGACCAAUCCAAGUAGACAUGGUAUCUAUAUGAUUGAUCGUUGUAAGCUUUGCAAAAACUUUAGUCCCGAGCAACAAAUGUCACCAGAGACUUGGGAAAUGUCGUUUGGCAAAUAUUUGGAACUCACUUUUUACACUCCCCCAUCGUUUAUUACAAACUAUACCGAGUGUUGCCAUGCACCAAUGAAGGACCAUAUCACCUUUUUCUAUUACAACGAUCUUGUUGCCAUCUUUUCAUAUGACCCAUUAGCUGUACUUCAACUAACUCUUCCACCCAAACACUUUGAACGAUCUGAUAGUCGUCAAAGGGGAAUGGUCCUUUUAAAGGAGCUAGAGUUACUCGGUGAAACUGCCAAUCAAGUCUAUGAUGCAAUCUAUGAAAAGUUUGUAGAACUAGAUGAAGAAGCUGUAGAUCAAUCGGUAAAAGAUCUUAUCCCUCCAUUGCUCAAAGAACGUUCACUCAUCAUUUCCAAAAUCACUCAACUCAUGCAAGAUGUUUGUCCCAUUACCAAUGAGCCAAUUAUCAAUCUCACCAAGAUUCUCUAUGCAAACUUUUCAACUUGGAAUUCUCAAUUAAAUGGUCUUGUAGGAAGUAAUUCUUUUCAAAAAUCAAAGAGAAAUCAACAAUCAACAUCAUUCUCUACUCCUCCCCCUCCACCAACUUCUUCUUCCUUAUCAUCAGAUGUAAAUAAUGGUAUUACUUUAAAUAAUUUAACAAAUUCACUUUCAACUUUACCAACAACAACAAUAACUACGACUACUACAACUACACAACCAACAACAAAUGGAUAUAUUUCUAGUCCAAAUGAAAAUUAUAAUGAUCCACCACCACCAUGUCCAUCUACUUUGGAUACUCAACCUGAAAAGUUACCAACAUCAAUCUCUGCACCGACACAUUUGAGCGAUCUUCCAAACACUCCCAACACAUCUCAUUUGAGUUAUAGUUUAUCACACAAUAGUAAUCUCAGCAGUAGCACCAACUACAAUAGUUCAACUCAAUCCACUUCUUAUUCUCAAAAACCCAAGCUCAAGAUUAUCAAUACCAUCUCAAAUAUUGUAUCAUCGAUUGCAAGCACCAAAGUAUUGGAUCCAACCAUUCCAUUCCUUCUUUUGGAUGGAUCAGACAAUAUUGCUAUCUAUGAAAAUGAACCAAGUACCACCAUUGCCUAUACUUUGGUUUCAUCCGAGUAUAAAUCUACUUUUAAUGAAUUGCUGGAGGAAGAAUUAAACAAACCAUCAACUAUUUUAGAUGAUCAAGUCGUAGGGAAUAAUCCCAAUCCAAAUAUUUCUACAAACAUCCCAACCAGUGCCAAAGAUAGAGAAAUUACAAACUUUCUCAAGCAAAAGAGUGCAACCGAGCUCAAAAAGAAACCAAAUCUUUCAGACUCUGUUGGUAAUAUUCAUCACCUCCAACAACACAAACAACAUGAAAGAAAAUUAUCUCUUGGUUCAUCUCUUCUCAGUAAAAGCAGAGACAACUCAUCGAAUCCCCCUACCCCUCCAACUGCAUCGAUUGCAAAAUCUGCAUCCUCUUCUCCACCCACCAUCAUUGACAGUAGUAGUACAAUACUUGGAAGUCUCAAUGAUUCUUCUUCUUUGAAUCCAUCAUCACCAUUGCAACCAUCCAUCACUGCAACUACCACCCAAUCAGCUACACCUUUAUCAUCAUCUACCUCUUCAACCAAUGGUUUUAUUGAUGAUUCUGAUGAUGAACUGAAACCAAAGAUUGAAGAUCAAGCAGAAGCAGCAGAGGAUACUUCUUCAUCUUCAACAACUUCUCCACCCAUUGUAGAAAAUGAAGACAAAACUUUAAGAUUAUCAAAAUUAUUAGUUUCAAAUCAAAGAAGAGAAAUUAGAAGUAGAUUUAAAUUUGAAAAGAAUGGAUAUGAAUUAAAUAUAUUUUGUACAACAUAUUAUCCAGUUCAAUUCCAUGCUUUGAGAGAGGUUGUAUGUAGUGAUGAACAAUUUAUUCAAUCACUUACUCGAUCCAAGGCAUGGGUAGCCAAAGGAGGAAAGAGUGGAUCUACAUGGAGCAAGACUCUUGAUGAUCGUUAUAUUCUCAAGCAAGUUAGCAGAAUAGAAUUGGAAUCGUUUUUAGAUUUUGCACCUCUCUACUUUGAGUAUCUGUGCAAAUCCUAUCUUCACCAAAUUCCUACAGCUCUCAGUAAGAUACUCGGUGUUUACAGUGUCAGAUGGAAAGAUAGCAAUGGUAGAUCACUCAAAAAGGAUCUCAUUGUAAUGGAGAAUCUUUUCUAUGGAUACAAUAUAUCAAAGACCUAUGAUCUCAAGGGAUCUUUGCGUAGUAGAUUGGUGAAAAACGAAUCAGAAGUAUUAUUGGACGAGAAUCUUCUCCAGUCAUCUUUUGCUUCUCCCAUUUGUCUCGGAGAGUAUGACAAGACACGUCUCUCUAUGGCAGUUUGGAAUGACACUGCCUUUUUAUCAUCGUUGAAUGUCAUGGAUUAUUCGUUGCUCACUGGUAUCGAUUCUUCUCAAAACCAAUUGGUUGUUGGUAUCAUUGAUUAUAUGCGUAAAUUUACUUGGGACAAGGCAGUCGAAAUGCACGUCAAACAAUCUGGUAUUAUGGGAGGUGGCGGUAAAGUUCCAACAGUCAUUUCACCAAAACAAUACAAAAUACGUUUCCGUGAUGCCAUGUGGCUUUAUUUCCCUCUGGUUCCAGAUAAAUUUACAAAAGUUAAUUAUCAAACUCAAGUAACAACAACCAAUAAUAAUAGUAAUAUUAAUAAUAAUAAUAAUAAUAAUAACAACAAAAAUAUCAAUCAAAAUAAUGUUGUUGCUACUUCACAAAAACACUUACCACCAAAAAAAUGA